CGGGCCUGGUCAGUGGUCAGUGGUCAGUGGGGCUGGCGUGGAGGGCCUCGCAGCCGCCCUGCCCCCCCCGCCCCCCGCCACCCCGGUGGGCCCUGGGGCCGCCCUGCCGGGCGCUGUCCAGGCUGCAGCUCGCGCUGGGCUGCCCGUGGCUCCGGGGGGCUGCGGCCCCCUUGGGUGGGCGUGCCGCCCCCUUGGCGCCUCGCAGGCUCCCGGGUGGGCAGGGGUGCGGGGUGCGGGGCGCCGCCUUCAGUGCAGUGGUCAGGUUUCCCGGGCUGUCGAGCUUCCCAGUCCCCGUCGUGCAUCGCUGAUGUCCUCAUGCGGUCGGAGUCCCGCCCUCCCCGGCGGGUGUGAGGGGCACUGCCCGCCUCGGUGCCCCGCGGGCGUCCCCGGGCGGGUGUGAGGGGCACUGCCCGCGGGCGUCCCCGGGCUUGCUCCUGUGCGCUUAGUUCAGCCGCAUGCAGAGUGCUCUCUCCUUCCGGAGUACCCCGGCGGCCCGCCCGGGCCUCCCUGCCUCACCCGCCGCCCCGGCAUGGCUCUGUCUGCGGCAGCGCUGGCCCAGGAGCCCUGAGCACCAGGACCCGAGUGCCCGGACACGGCCCAGUCCUGGGGGUGGGGCUCCUAAGCAGAGCUUAGGGGGCUGGGGGCCACUUCAGGGACCGUCCCCCGCCCCCUUCCCCUCCCUGGUCCGUGGCUGGUUUGGCGUGUGCACCCUCGAGGCGGGUGUGUCUGUUGCUCGGCAUCCGGGCUCUGUCAACGUUUCUGAGUUUCAGGUCGGGCCACAGGCGGGGGACCCUGCGUGGCAGAGCCGUGUUCGCGACACGCGGGCGUGUAGCUUCACCGUCCUGUGUCCUGUGUGUGCGGAGGGCAUGUCUCCUUACAGUGCUCGGCACACCCCCCCGCCCCAGUGUUUAGAGAAUAUGAAACCCUGGGACAGCAGAACCGACUCUCACCGCCUCCUUGAAAGCGCUGAUGGCGCUUUAACAUUGCCCGCGGAGAACACUAGCUAUGCCUGUCGAGUUCCAAACUCCCGUAAAUGUGAAAUCUGUCUGCUCUCUUUUCCAAAAGAGUCCCAGUUUCAGCGCCACAUGCGGGACCACGAGCGAAAUGACAAGCCGCAUCGAUGUGACCUGUGCCCCCAAACCUUUAAUGUUGAGUUCAACCUGACACUGCAUAAAUGCACCCACAAUGGGGACGACCCCAGCUGUCCUGUGUGUCACAAGCGGUUCUCCAGAGUGGCUAGUCUCAAAGCGCAUAUCAUGCUCCAUGAGAAGGAAGAGAACCUCAUCUGCUCCGAGUGUGGGGAUGAGUUCGCGCUGCAGAGCCAGCUGGCCGGCCACAUGGAGGGGCACCGCCAGGAGCUGGCCGGGAGCCGGCCACUCACGUGCAAGGCCUGCCGGAAGGAGUGCGAGACACCCCUGCAGCUGAAGGAGCACACGAAGACCCACUACAAAGUCAGGGUGGCGAGUACGAGGUCCUACAAUCGGAACGUCGACAGGAGCGGGUUCACCUACUCGUGUCCGCACUGCGGAAAGACGUUCCAGAAGCCGAGCCAGCUGACUCGGCACAUCAGGAUCCACACAGGUGAAAGGCCCUUCAAGUGUAGCGAGUGUGGAAAAGCCUUUAACCAGAAGGGGGCGCUGCAGACCCACAUGAUCAAGCAUACAGGUGAAAAGCCCCACGCCUGUGCCUUUUGUCCCGCUGCCUUUUCUCAGAAGGGGAACCUGCAGUCCCACGUGCAGAGGGUCCACUCCGAGGUGAAGAAUGGCCCUACGUAUAACUGUACAGAAUGUAGCUGCGUGUUUAAAAGUUUAGGUAGCUUGAACACGCACAUCAGCAAGAUGCACAUGGGCGGCCCGCAGACCCCCACAGCCUCCUCCGAGACCGCACAGGUCUUAGCGGCCACGCUUUUCCAGACCUUACCUCUUCAGCAGACGGAAGCCCAGGUCGCGUCCACCCCGAGCCAGCAGAACGCACAGGCGGUGACCGACGUCAUCCAGCAGCUCCUGGAGCUGUCGGAGCCGGGGCCAGUGGAGGCCAGCCAGGCCCCUCAGCCCGGACACCACCUGAGCAUCACGGUGGGCGUCAGCCCCGACAUCCUGCAGCAAGCCUUAGAAAACAGUGGGCUGUCUUCAAUUCCAGUUGCAGCGCCUCCCAGCGACGCCAGCCCAGCCAGGCCGCCCAGCGCCCAGCUGCAGCCCGCGGACAUGGCCAGCGUGGCCGGGGAGCCGGCGGAGCCUGCCGACGGGGAGCCAGACAAAGAGCAGGACAGCCCCGAGAAGCUGGACAAGAAGGAAAAGAAAGUGCUCAGGAAGAAGUCCCCCUUCCUGCCCGGGUCCAUCCGCGAGGAGAAUGGGGUUCGGUGGCACGUGUGUCCCUACUGCACCAAGGAAUUCCGGAAGCCCAGUGACCUGGUCCGCCACAUCCGCAUUCACACCCACGAGAAGCCCUUCAAGUGUCCCCAGUGCUUCCGGGCCUUUGCCGUCAAGAGCACGCUGACCGCCCACAUCAAGACCCACACGGGCAUCAAGGCGUUCAAGUGCCAGCACUGCAUGAAGAGCUUCUCCACCUCGGGGAGCCUCAAGGUGCACAUCCGCCUGCACACAGGUGUCAGACCUUUCGCGUGUCCUCACUGUGACAAAAAGUUCCGGACCUCAGGCCACAGGAAGACUCACAUUGCUUCCCACUUCAGGCACACGGAGCUGCGGAGGCUUCGGCACCAGCGGAAGCCCGCCAAGGCCCGCGCGGGCAAGGGCAGCGCCCCGGUGCCCGAUGUGCCUCUGCAGGAGCCCAUCCUCAUCACCGACGUCGGUCUUAUCCAGCCCAUUCCACGGAACCAGUUUCUCCAAAGUUAUUUUAAUAAUAAUUUUGUAAAUGAAGCAGAUAGACCCUACAAGUGUUUUUACUGUCAUCGCGCAUAUAAAAAAUCUUGCCACCUUAAGCAGCACAUCAGGUCCCACACCGGGGAGAAGCCUUUCAAGUGUUCGCAGUGCGGCCGCGGCUUCGUCUCAGCAGGCGUGCUCAAGGCCCACGUGCGCACGCACACGGGGCUCAAGUCCUUCAAGUGUCUGGUCUGCAACGGCGCCUUCACCACGGGCGGCAGCCUGCGGCGGCACAUGGGCAUCCACAACGACCUGCGGCCCUACAUGUGCCCCUACUGCCAGAAGACCUUCAAGACCUCCCUCAACUGCAAGAAGCACAUGAAGACCCACCGCUACGAGCUCGCCCAGCAGCUGCAGCAGCACCAGCAGGCGGCCUCCCUGGACGACAGCGCCGUGGACCAGCAGAGCCUGCAGGUGGAGAUGGAGAGCGGCGAGCUCCCGCCGCCCCCGCCGCCCCCCGCCGCCCAGCCCGAGGGCCUGCUGGCGCUGGAGUCGCAGCAUGUUGUGGCCACGGGAGAGCCAGGCCUGGCCCAGCAGCUGGCCGAGACGCCGCUGGAGACAGACGAAGAUCGGUUUGUGAGCCCUCAGCACAGCCUGCAGGGCCCGGCCGGCCAGUUUGAGGAGCAGGCGCCAGCGCAGUCCUUCGGACCAGCCGCCUUGUCCCAAGGCUUCCCAGUGGCUGACGCCUACAGUCAGCAGGCCCCGUUCCCAGCAGUCCAGCAGUUACAGGACUCGAGCACGCUGGAGUCCCAGGCCCUGUCCACCAGCUUCCACCAGCAGAACUUACUUCCGGUUCCCAGUGCCGACGCCAUGAGCGUAACGCCGCACCUGAUCCAGGAGUCCUCCCAGGAGGACUUGGACUUGCAGGCCCCACGCGCCCACUUCCUGGAGGCCAGUGAGGACCAGAGCCGGCGCUCCUACAGGUGCGACUACUGCAGCAAGGGCUUCAAGAAGUCCAGCCACCUGAAGCAGCACGUGCGCUCCCACACCGGGGAGAAGCCCUACAGGUGCAGGCUCUGCGGCCGCGGCUUCGUCUCCUCCGGCGUCCUCAAGUCCCAUGAGAAGACACACACGGGCGUGAAGGCGUUCAGCUGCAGCGUCUGUGACGCGUCCUUCACCACCAACGGCAGCCUCACGCGGCACAUGGCCACGCACAUGAGCAUGAAGCCCUACAAGUGCCCCUUCUGCGAGCAGGGCUUCCGCACCACCGUCCACUGCAAGAAGCACAUGAAGCGGCACCAGGCCACCCCUGCGGCAGCGGCGGCCACGGGAGAGGCCGAAGCAGGAGACAUGUGCCUGGAGGAGGAGGAGGAGAGCUCGGACAGAGGCGCUCUGAGGAAGGCGCGGCCCGAGGUCAUCACGUUCACGGAGGAGGAGACGGCGCAGCUGGCCAGGAUCCGGCCGCAGGAGAGCGCCACGGUGUCGGAGCAGGUGCUCGUGCAGUCGGCGGCCGAGAAGGACCGCAUCAGCGAGAUGAAGGACAGGCAGGCCGAGCUGGAGGCCGAGCCCAAGUACGCCAACUGCUGCUCCUACUGCCCCAAGAGCUUCAAGAAGCCCAGCGACCUCGUCAGGCACGUCCGGAUCCACACCGGGGAGAAGCCGUACAAGUGCGACGAGUGCGGGAAGAGCUUCACGGUCAAGUCCACGCUGGAUUGCCACGUGAAGACGCACACAGGCCAGAAGCUGUUCAGCUGCCACGUGUGCUCCAACGCCUUCUCCACCAAGGGCAGCCUGAAGGUGCACAUGCGGCUGCACACGGGCGCCAAGCCCUUCAAGUGCCCGCACUGUGAGCUGCGCUUCCGCACAUCCGGCCGCCGCAAGACCCACAUGCAGCUGCACUACAAGGGGGACCCCAAGAAGGCCCGCAAGCCCGUGGCCCGGGGCUCCCCCGAGGGGCUGCCGCCCGGGAGCCUCCUCAGCCCUUCCCCCGCCGACUCCAGCGUCCUCAUCAUGAACAACUCGGUCCUCACGGGGCAGCUGGACCAGAGUCUGCUCCAGCCGGGGCUGGUGGGCCAGGCCAUCCUCCCCGCGUCCAUGUCAGCCAGCGGCGACUGGACCGUGUCCCUCACGGACGGCAGCCUGGCCACCCUGGAGGGCAUCCAGCUGCAGCUGGCCGCCAACCUGGUGGGGCCCAACGUCCAGAUCUCCGGGAUCGACGCCUCCAGCAUCAAUAACAUCACGUUGCAGAUUGACCCGAGUGUUCUGCAGCAGACGCUACAGCAGAGCAACUUGCUGGCCCAGCAGCUGUCCGGGGACUCCAGCGCGGCGCCCCCCAGUGGCGGCUCCCUGCAGACCCCGGACAGCACCGUCCCGGCCAGCGUGGUCCUGCAGCCCAUCUCAGGCCUGUCCCUCCAGCCCACCGUCACGGCUGCCAACCUGACCAUCGGGCCGUUGUCCGAGCAGGACUGUGUGCUGGCUGCCGGCAGCACCGGGACCCAAGACCUGUCUCAGGUGAUGACCUCCCAAGGCCUGGUGUCCACCUCCGGCGGCCCCCACGAGAUCACCCUGACCAUCAAUAACUCCAGCUUGAGCCAGGUGCUGGCGCAGGCUGCCGGGCCCCCCACCGUGUCCUCCUCGGGCUCUCCUCAGGAAAUCACCCUGACCAUCUCUGAGCUGAACGCCGCCUCCGGGAGCCUCCCACCAGCCACCCCGCUGUCCCCGUCCGCUGUGCCCGCGCAGAGCCUGCUCAUGUCCUCGGGCGUGGGCGGAGACGCCAGCCUCACGCUGACCCUGGCUGACACUCAGGGCCUGCUCUCCGGCGCGCUGGACACGGUCACGCUCAACCUCGCCUCUCAGGGCCAGCAGCUCCCAGCCUUACUCACGGACCCUGCGCUCUCUGGCCACGGCGCCGCGGGCUCCUCCCAGGUCAUCCUGGUGAGUCACACCUCACAGCCGUCGUCCGCCACGUGCGAGGAGAUCGCCUACCAGGUCGCCGACGUGGCCACCAGCCUGGGCCCGGGCGGGUCCGCCGAGAAGGAGGGCCGGCUGCAGCCGUGCACCGAGUGCGGGCGCAGCUUCCCGUCGGCCGCCCUGCUGCUGCAGCACAGCCGGGAGGCGCACGGGCGGGAGCGCAUCCACGUCUGCACGCUCUGCCGCAAGGCCUUCAAGCGUGCCACGCACCUCAAGGAGCACAUGCAGACGCACCAGGCGGGCCCCUCCCUCAGCUCGCAGAAGCCACGAGUGUUCAAGUGUGACACGUGCGAGAAGGCCUUUGCCAAGCCCAGCCAGCUGGAGCGCCACAGCCGCAUCCACACAGGCGAGCGGCCGUUCCGCUGCGCCCUGUGUGAGAAGGCCUUCAACCAGAAGAGCGCGCUGCAGGUGCACAUGAAGAAGCACACGGGGGAGCGGCCCUACAAGUGCGCCUACUGCGCCAUGGGCUUCACGCAGAAGAGCAACAUGAAGCUGCACAUGCGGCGUGCGCACAGCUACGCAGGCCCCUUGCAGGCAGCUGCCGGCCCGCAGGAGCAGGCGGGGGAGGAGCUGAGCCGGACCCUCCACCUGGAGGAGGUGGUGCAGGAGUCGGCCAGUGAGUGGCAGGCGCUGGCCGACGUGUUCUGACGCCAGUGGACACCACCAGGACGCUGCAGGUGCUGGGCGUGAAGAGCGAGGCCCGUGGGGCCCCCACCGAGGCUUCAGGUGUUGAAAACGUUCCCGCGGUAGUUGCUUCCUAUCCGUUAUCUAGAAUCAUUGUCUUUCAGAGACUUCUAGGAAAGAAACUGGGAAAUGUGAACACGUGGUGUCGUUUGUCCACAAAUCACUGAACUCAGGUACUCCCACGGGCGGCGCUGCUGCCCGCAUCCUCCACGGCCAGUUGACUGGACCCUGCUAUCAGUGUAGUGUGAUUUCCUUGUUUCAGCAAGAGGGGAGCUGACGUGGGAAACGCAGCGUUUUCUUCAUGCUCUCCGCUCUGAGAAGCAGAGCUCACGAGAGCAGGUGGAACCCACGGGCCAGCCGGGCAGCCGUCCCUGGGCACACUAAAGUCAGUAGGCACGGGACUCCGCACGCUGCCCGAGCUGGCACCCUGGGAGGUGGCUGGGCCACCUUCUGUCCACCACAGCUAGUGGCCACGAGAACCAAAAGGCAGUGUCCGGGUGUGGACUUGGGGAUGGAGCAGACCUGACGCGGGAAUGAGGGUUGCGUGUUCCUCACGGCGACGCCACACCUGCUCCGUGACGGGCCGCAGAAAGCACAAGCCAUACGCUGCAGGCCCGAAGGCAGUGGCCUGGCCCUGCCAGCCCGCCCGCCCCAGGGGCGCUGCAGAGUCUGAGCGAAGAGGCCUCGCGAGUGCCCCGCUGUCUCCGUGCAUCAGCAGAUGGACUUUUUAUUUCAGGGAAUUCCUUCGUAUCAUCAAUGGUGCCACAUUAAACCUGUCGCAAACCAAAUCCCAGCCCGUGCCGGGGCCGAGGGCACGUCCCCCCACAGCAUUCCAAAGAUGGAACGUUCUGGACUCGACGGGAACCUCUCCUUGGCCGUUAUUUAUGUUCUCUCUAGAAAUACCUGUGUACAUAGACGCAGCGCGGCCCCGCGGGCUGAGCCGCGUUUGUAAAUACAGCACUCGCCCCGGGAGGCACCUCCGGCUGCUCCUCCGCGAGCACUCCAGUCAGUAUUGGGCUCGGGCGUGGGGACACGGCCCCCUGCGUUGUCAUGGAGACGAGCGGGAUGCUCUGUGGGCUAGGGUUUUGUUUUCCUGAAGAAUAAUUGCCUUUAUUUUCUCUCAUUGCCUCCCUGGUUUCCGAAGAGAGUAGUUUAUUAUAAAUGUUGUAUGGACUUUGUACAUUCUGAAGAAAGACUUUUCACCAUUAUUUUUUUGAAAGGGCAUCUUUUGAUUUUUUUUGUUGUUCACUUUUGGCAUCUGUAUAUAUAAGUAAUAUUGAUGGUGAUAUAAACCCUUUUGUUAUGUGAAAAUAUUUAAGUCAGAAAACUGUUAAAUAAUAUUACUUUUUAUCAAACUGCUUUGUGUAUUGCAUAUUUUUUAAGGGGGAAAAAAGCCUUAUUUGACUGAUUCUUGUGAUAUUGGAUUUACUCUUAUGUCCUGAGUUUUUUCUUGAAUGUCAUUGUGUGUACCUGGCUGUCCUCAGUCUAUUCAGAACAAUUGUGAUUGUGCCAGAGUUUUAAAGGUUCUACUUUUAAAAAUGCACUUUUUUUUUUACAAUUUUAUAUUUAAAUAUUUUGGAAAUGUUAAUUUUGAUGAACAAAUAUCCCCAAAGUUGAAAUUAUCGGAUUUAAAAAUUUUUGUUCUUGCAAGUUAAUUUAUUUUGGUUUUCCUCAUUAAAUGCCACCUCAGGAGUCUCCAAGGGUUCCGUUCCUAAUCGUCCAGAAAGCAGAGUCGAGAGAACUGUAUCGGUGAGCUGCCUGCUAAUUAAGGCCUUACCAAGAGAAUCUGAAGCCUAUUUUUAUUUUGGUUAAAGAAAUAAAAGAAUCAGUAAUCUGUUUUGUGAGAGCUAGUUGGCAAAAAAGGACGUUAGUAGAUUCCUUUGAUUUUCUUCCUGCUCAUCAAUGCUGCUUCUUUGGAGAACAUUCCUCAGGAAUGUCAGGUUCAUCCAGGCGCAGUUUCCCUGGGCCUGUGCUGGUGUCAGGCCCGUCUCUGGCCUUAGCGCCGGCUGACCUGUCUUCUGACAAGACGGUCUAGUCUCCUGCAUAACCAGGGUUUCGAGGGUAGAUAACUGUAUUUUCAGAAUAUCACAGCAAAUCUGCUUUGGAAUAACAAUAAAUAAAAAAUGAAGUUAGGACAUGUGAUCAGUUUUUUUCCUCUGAAGUAUUGGUCACUGUGCUCUGCCGCCCGGCUGUCGGCUCAGGUCCCCGUCAGCAGCGUUAGUGGGGGUCAGACCCGGGGCCUGGGCCUUGCGGCCUGGGGACACUGUCCUCUCCCAGCAGGGCUCUGUGUGUGGGCCGUGGUGGGCAGAAGGAGAGGCCACUCGGAAGCGGCUGUGCAUGUCCAGCCAGGCGAGGCCCCGGGCCCAUCCCCCGGCAGGGUGAAGCGCGUGUGCACACGGGUGCCCGUUCCUGACGGGCCUGGACUCGUCUGUCCGGGGCCAUUUCUGCCCGGACCCAGGCGCUGCUGGUCAGGCUCCUGAGAAGUACCCGGGUCUCGCCCACACCCCGAGCUAGCCAGGCCUGUGCCGUGGGUGACAGAAACCUUUGUGAGCGGAAAGGAUGUGCGCACGCUUUUGCGUGUGUGUGCGUGUGUGUGUGUGUGUGUGUGUGUGUGUAUACAUGUGUGUGGUCCACAUGCAGGGCCCAGGGGAGGGCACGCAGCUGCCCCCUAGUGGCAGAACUUCUGCAGCCUGCCAAGGUGCGUGCUGGAUCCAGUAAGUGACCACGGCUCAGAUUUGUCUUAAACUCAUUUUUGUUGUUGCUUUUUAUUUUGGGGGUCAUAUCAAGUGGUGGUCAGGGAUCACCCAGGGGAGGCUCAAGGGACCCUGGGUCAGCUGUGUGUCAGGCAAGCCCUGCUGCACUGCUGCUCCCACCCGAGAAUUGGUGGUGCAGAUGUAGAUGCUGUUUACCUAACCCAGUUCCAUCUCAGAAGUGGGUCUCUGCGCCCACGGCGGGUCUGUUGGCUGUGCGUGUGCAACUGUCUGCUGAGUGAGAGUGGGGGCCGGCGUGCCGGUGUCUGGGUGGACAGUUGCUCGCCUGUGUCUGCUGAUCGGAGGGACGUGGGAGCUGCGGGCCAGCUCCUGGGUGCUGCCUCUUAGUGGCAUCCCGAGUUGGGGCAGUGAGGAGGGACGGGGCACCCCUGGUCUUGGCUGGGGAGAUGGCAGGUGCGCCCCUGACUCUGCUCUGCAGCUCCUGCGUCACGGCGCCCAGCCCAGUCACCAUCGGCGGAGUUCUGAUGCUUGACGACAGCCCGCACGUCCCCAGCUGUGGCACUGGGCCUCGUCAGUGCCCUUGCCCCCAGGGCUCCCGGGAUGAAGCGACCCUUGACCCUCGGUCGCUUGU